CAGAGAAGGUAUUGACUAUUGAGAUAUGUAACUAACUGUAAACUCUUAGAGAAAAGAAUGUCGAAUCCUCAGCAAGCAUCGCCAUGGUUUCUCGAGCUGGUGCCUCUCGUGGUCGUCAUUCUGGUUGUUGCUCACGUUCUCGCUUUGGUUUACUGGAUUUACAGAUUAGCUACUGAAAAACGGUCGCGAAGGAUGAAGAGGCACUAAACGGAGUAGAUAGAGGAACGUCCAGCACUGAUACAGGCUGAAAUGCUACUUCACUCUGUCAUUGUGACAAACAGCUGCUGGGCUCAAAGUCGAAGACCACUUGUCUCCACUCUCUUCCAUUGUUUUUCCAUAUCGUCCAACUCUUUUGCUUCCAUUACUUCACCUGAGGCCUCACAUAUAGAUGAAGAUUUCAAUGAUUUUCUCCCAUGGCUGGAGCACAAGGCUGCGGCAAAAAUUUCUUCUGCACUUUCUAUUGGAAAAUCCUCCUAUGGAAGGGCAUUAUAUGCUGCCAAGGAUAUACAAACUGGGGAUUGCUUAUUGAAGGUUCCCUAUAGUGUGCAACUAUCCGCGGACAAUCUUCCUGUAGAAAUAACUUGUUUGUUAGGAGAUGAAGUUGGUAAUGUUGCAAAAGUUGCUUUACUCAUUCUGUAUGAGAAAAAGUUGGGACAGAAUUCUGAAUGGGCACCUUAUAUCAGUUGCCUUCCUCAGGCUGGGGAUCUACAUAGCUCAAUAUUCUGGAGCGACGACGAACUGGCGAUGAUUCAACCAAGUGCAUUGUAUGAAGAAACUCUCAGACAAAAGGCUCAAAUUGAAAAAGACUUCUGGGCUGUUAGAUUGGUUUUUGAUCGACUCCCUCAUCAUUUUCAAGAUGUUACACUUCAAGAAUUCACAUAUGCAUAUGGAUUAGUUACAUCCCGAGCAUGGGGAAGCUCAAGAGAUGUAUCCAUGAUACCUUUUGCAGAUUUUCUUAAUCAUGAUGGUGCUUCAGAGGCAUAUGUUUUGUGUAAUGAAAGCAAAAAACAUUCUGAGGUUAUAGCUGAUCGUGACUUUGCUCCAGGAGAUGAGGUCCUGAUACGAUAUGGAAAAUUUUCGAAUGCUACACUUCUGUUGGAUUUUGGCUUUACUGUUUCUUCCAACAGUUAUGAUCAAGUCCAGGUUGAGCUUAAUAUACCUCAACAUGACAGACUUUACACACAAAAGUUGGGACUUCUUGACAGACACAGCACCAGAAGUGUAAAAGAUGUGAAUGAAUUUACCUCUUCUCUGAAUUCUUUCACAAUCAAGGAAGUAAAAAGCGGCAGUAAAAAGGGGAAGGGAAUCCCACAAUCACUCCGUGCAUUUGCUCGCAUUCUGACUUGCAAUUCUCAGGAAGAACUAGAUGACCUGGCAGUAGAGGCUGCACAAAAUGAUGGCCGGCUGGCUCGGUAUCCUUUGAAGAACAAAAAGAGAGAAAUUGCAGCUCAUCAGCUUUUGCUCUCUGAGAUAUCUCAGUUAGUUGAAGAACAUAACAAAUAUAUCAAACUGCUGGUACCAGCUCCUCCCUAUCUAUGUGGAAAGAGUUUCCUAAGGAGGCAAUUAGCUCAAGAUCUCCUGACUGGCGAGCUUCGUGUCCUGAAAUCAGCUUCUGCCUGGCUGGAGAACUAUUGUUCAACCUUAUUGACGAAAUGAAAGGAGAUAACUUUUUUAUCCUCUGAGUGGAAAAAGUUUUGGAAACGGAUACAGGUAAAAGCUACCAACCUUUAUGUAGUCCACAUAUCUCUGUUAUUUUUCCAGUUUUAACAAUUUAGUCUAGGAUUGCUGUGUGAUUCGAAAUGUUUGAUUCAUGACAUCCACAAAUUAAUGCAUUUCACCUACCCAUUUCUUCUGGAAAAAAAAAUAUUUAUCAAAGCUUUGUAUGCUAUUAAUUCAUUGAUGUCAAAUCGUAUGAUUGCCUUUGGUGUGGAGUCCUUUAGUUGGUCUGGGAUUUCAUAUUG